AUGCCCUCUAUUUACUCCUCCAUCUACCAGACCUUCAUCCGCCAAGGAUUUUCCAAGUCUUUCACCAACGGCUACGCCCAAUCGGUCGUCGCCGCCACUCACCACAAUGUUCUGAACCCCCAGAACCGCCCGUCCUUUGCGCGGCGCAACAGCACCACAACCCGCAUUGGACGGCUCUCCUCUACGAUCGCACUCCAGAACGCCUUUCACCCUUCAGCAAACACAUCCGCCGUCAGUGGUCUCUCAAAAGAUCAUAGAUAUGAUACGACAGCGGGAGGUCAUGGUGGUUUAGAUGCAUACUAUGAGAACUUGCAGAAGAAUGAGGCGGCGAAGGAGCAUGGAAAUGAAGUAGAUGAGGAAUGGGUCCAGUAUGAGUUCCCAAAGCGCAUCGAGUGGAAGCCAUCACCGGCAUCCAUCCUGUUGGGCGGGGAACCAAGAGCUGCCACGGCCGAGGAUGCAUCGGAAGAUGUUGUCACUCGAUCGAUAACACCAGAGGAAGAGGCAGUGUUGGCGCACAUCGACGCCGCCCUCGAGUUGGAAAUUGAGCACAGAAGACAGCUAGAGGCAUUGGAAGAGGAGGGCUCAUUAAGAUCUGGCUCUCCAGCUCUGAACGAUGCCCUUUCCCGGUCCUACACUCCCAUUUCGAGGACGAGAACACCGGCCAGCAUUGCCAGGACAGCCACACCACCGGUUGAUCCGCAGUCUCUUGCCUAUGCUGAGCACCUCACGAAGCUCGCCGAAGCAGGUCGCUAUGCCGAGAUUCCGGCUGUUUUUGAGGCCAUGGUCGUCACUAGUAUUAGGCCGACCUCCACUGCUUACAAUGCGCUGCUCAUGGCCGCCAUUCAGCUUCCUUCGGAGAAAAUCGAGAUCGUAUCAAAGGCUCUUGAUGUCUAUGCCGAUAUGCUGAGGCGACGGGUCUCUCCUGAUUCCGACACAUACAACAUCCUGGUUGGUUUAUUAGCGGCGCGUUCUCUCGAGGUUGCGGCUGAAAAGCUGGGCCUCGAGGAGAAGAGGGCUCGCUUUGGUGGCAUGGAUGAGCCGGGCAAAUUCAUGCUUGCCUCCCACGAGUUCGAGCAUGCAAUCCUGUGCGAAGACGACCGUCUUGACCUUGCCAUCAAGCUUUUCGACAACUCUGUCAUGGCUAAUAAGGCCAUGUACUCUUCUGAGACCUACCAUCAGCUCAUUUCGGCAUGCGCGAAGGCUGGUCGGUUGUCCGAUAUGGUUCAGCUGUUUGAGCAUAUGGAGUUCAGCCAGGCUACCCCUUUCGCGGCUACCUUCCCAGCCAUGAUCACCGCAUUUGCCAAUGCUGGAGAUUUGGUUAGCGCCGUGGAAUGCUACACAGAGUACAAAACACUGGCUAUCGCCAACGACAACGGCGAGCAAACCCUCUUGGACCGCUUGGACUCACAAGUGUAUGCUGCAGUGAUCAACGCAUAUGUCAUCUCUGACAAGCUCGACGGCGCCAUGAGCUUCUACAAGAAGAUAAUACAGGAGUAUGACGCCAAGGCUGUCGAUAUCAAGGAUGCUAUUAUCAGUGCUGGCUUUGUCAAGGGCUUGCUGCACAGGGGUAUCUACCAGGAGGCUUUCAUGUGGGCUCAAGCAGUCGAAGAUGAGACAAGAGACCAGACCAUGAGCGAAGUUGCCAGCUUGUCCGCCGAUAAUGGUGACCAUCACACCGCCGCCGCUGCAUUUGCUCAACUCUCGGAGCCGACCAUGCACACAUCCUCGGCCAUGGCGCUACUGGCUCUUAGCGUACGCCUUGGCGAUGUCACGGCUGCAUCCAGGUACUGGAGUGUACUGUCCAGCCCUGGUGUGGCCGUAACGUCAAACUUCAUCGAGCCUACUGCCAUGUAUGCCGUUGCCAUGAUUGGCUCCGGCGAAGUGGUUGAGGGCUUGACGCAGUCAGAGAUGAUGUUCGACAGGAUACGCGCGCUCGCCGACACUAGGCCGGCAAUUUUGGAUGAGGUUGAGGAGGGAGCCGAAUUUAUUGCCAAGUUCAUGGCUGAUCGUGGCAUCUUGGAUCCCCGGGAAUCUGCUUCUCUCGUUUCAUACCCGCCACAGACUAUCCUCUCGGCAUCACCAUAUCCCUCCACUGCAACCGUCUCUAGCUUCGAGGACACAUUCGACCCAUAUGCACACAACACCGAUUUCAAGGGCUCCUCAUUAAUUGCUGACGAUCUCGAGGGCUCACACGGUCGCAAAGGCCCCAAGCUCAAUGACGCCCUCAACCGUUUCCGCAACAUGCGCCGCGCUGGCCGUCACCCGCGGUAUAUCACGUACGCAAAGCUGAUUUCGUCAGCAGCGAGGGAGGGCAAGAUGGAUCUGUGCAAUGACAUUCUAGCCAUGGCCCACACCGAUGUACCUCUGCAGCCGCAGUAUGCCACGGUACGCUACGGCUGGUCAUCAAUCUUGGAUGCCAUGGUUGGCGCUUGCCUAACUCUCGGCUACAGGAACCUCGCUGAACAGUUCCACCGUCAGCUCCUUGAGAUUGGUGCCGCCCCUUCCGCCAACACCUUUGGACUUUACAUCACGACGCUGAAGGAGUCCACCAAGACUUUUGAUGAGGCUACAGAAGCUGUCAAGAUCUUCCAGCGUUCCAAGGUCGAGGGUGUGGAGCCAUCAUCGUUCCUGUACAACGCGCUGAUUGGUAAGCUCGGCAAGGCACGCCGCAUCGAUGAUUGUCUUUUCUACUUUGCGGAGAUGCGUGCUCUUGGAAUCCGCCCGACCAGCGUCACGUAUGGCACGAUAGUAAACGCGCUGUGCCGUGUCUCUGACGAGAAGUUCGCCGAGGAGCUGUUUGACGAGAUGGAGGCCAUGCCCAACUACAAGGCCCGCCCGGCACCCUACAACAGCAUGAUGCAGUUCUUCUUGACCACCAAGCGUGACAAGACCAAGGUUUUGGCAUACUAUGACCGCAUGCUGGCCAAGGGAAUUAGGCCCACUGCCCACACUUAUAAGCUACUGGUUGACACGCACGCUACUCUCGAGCCUGUCGACAUGGAGGCUGCCGAGGCUGUGCUUGAGGCCAUUCGUGCGUCAGGCCAGAAGCCCGAGGCAGUUCACUACGCUUCUCUGAUUCAUGCUCGUGGCUGCGUUCUCCACGACCUGCCAGGCGCCCAAAGCAUCUUUGAGACUGUUAUGGCCGAUGCUGCUAUCCCGGCAUCAGCCUGCCUCUUCCAGGCCCUGUUCGAAGCUAUGGUAGCCAACCACGACGUCGCUGCCACUCAGCCCCACCUGGCCGAGAUGCGCCGGCGCAGGGUUGAGAUGACGCCUUACAUCGCCAACACCCUCAUCCAUGGGUGGGCAGCUGUAAACAACAUUGCCAUGGCUGAGGAGGUUUACGAGUCGGUUGGGCGGGAGCGCCGCGAGCCGAGCACCUACGAGGCCAUGACGCGAGCAUAUCUCGCUGUGGAGAUGCGCGAGGGAGCCAAGGGAGUUGUGUCUGAGAUGUUGGGACGUGGCUAUCCGAGCGCCGUUGUGAACAAGGUUCUUGAGCUGCUGGGCGGCGGUGGUGGCAGCAGUGGUGAAGUCGAGGAGGUUGCCACGAUGCCAUAA